CCAUUUGGUGAUGUAUGAACUGUGAUAUGAUUAUAUAUAGAUUAGCAUGAAAAUGACCCCAAUUGUUACCAAGGCUUAUUUCUCAUCCUACUAAUUGAUCGAAAACCAAUUGGUUAACUUUAGUCUGCAAAGGAGCUCCACAAUAUAUACACAGGGAUAUAUGUAUAGAACUCUCUUGAUCACUCCAUAUAUAUAUAUAUAUAUAUAAGCUAAGUAGGAACACAAUCAGACUCCUUACACACGCACCAUUAAUUACUAGAAGAGCAGAGCUAGGAAUGGUCAUGAUCAGCUAAUUAGGUAGACAUGCAAGGCACCAAUAUUAAUCAGCAGCCGCAGAGUACUAGCCACACAUCAACAAGCCGAUCAUCAGAUUCGGCCGGUGAGCCUAAUGGUCCGGAUGGAAAGUGGGCUUCAAAGCUUCUUAGGGAGUGUGCAGGAGCAAUCUCAGAGAAGGACUCUACUAAGAUCCAUCACCUUCUGUGGAUGUUAAACGAGCUCGCGUCUCCUUAUGGAGAUUGUGAUCAGAAAUUAGCAUCUUAUUUCUUGCAGGCUCUCUUUUGUAAGGCCACUGAAUCCGGCCAACGAUGUUUCAAAACCCUAACUUCAGUAGCUGAGAAGAGCCACUCAUUCGAUUGCGCUAGGAAGUUGAUAUUAAAGUUCCAAGAGGUAAGUCCAUGGACAACUUUUGGUCAUGUAGCAUCAAAUGGGGCUAUUUUGGAAGCCUUAGAAGGGGAGAGCAAACUUCACAUAAUUGACAUAAGUAAUACCUUUUGCACUCAAUGGCCUACUUUGCUAGAAGCUUUGGCCACCAGAAAUGAUGAGACACCACAUUUGAAGCUCACAGUUGUGGUAACUAUUAGCGUAGUUAGAUCGGUCACGAUGAAGGAGAUAGCACAAAGAAUGAAGAAAUUUGCAAGGUUAAUGGGAGUACCCUUUGAGUUUAAUGUGAUAAGCGGAUUAAAUCGUUUGGAAGAGCUCACAAAGGAAGGACUUGGGGUUCAAGAAGACGAAGCUGUGGCUGUGAAUUGUAUUGGGGCCUUGCGAAGAGUUGAAGUGGAGGAAAGGGGAGCCAUGAUUAGGAUGCUCCAAUCGCUUCAGCCUCGUGUUGUGACAGUUGUUGAGGAAGAAGCCGACUUUUCUAGCACAAGAAAUGAGUUUGUGAAGUGCUUUGAGGAGUGCUUUAGAUUCUACACAUUGUACUUUGAAAUGCUUGAGGAGAGCUUUGUUCCAACUAGUAAUGAGAAAUUGAUGUUGGAGAGGGAGUGUUCAAGGAGCAUAGUUAGGGUUUUAGCUUGUGAUGAUCAUGAUCAAAAUGGUACUAGUACUGGUCUAGGAGAUUGUGAGAGAAGGGAGAGAGGAAGCCAGUGGUCUGAGAGGCUUAAGGAGGUUUUUUCACCAGUUGGGUUUAGUGAAGAUGUUGUAGAUGAUGUCAAGUCACUGCUAAAGAGAUACCGAGCCGGGUGGUCUCUUGUGCUGCAGCCACAAGCUGCUAGUGGAGAUCAUGACUCAGGAAUCUACUUGACAUGGAAAGAGGAUCCAGUAAUAUGGGCUUCAGCUUGGAAACCCUAAAAUGGUCAGAACAACAUUGCUAGCUAGCUAUAGUACUCAAGCCAAGCAAAACAUGGAAUUUAUAUUAUAUUUGCAAGCUAGCUAGCCCUUAAACAAUGAUAGAGUACUUUAAUUCUUCCCUUUUUUAAUUUCUUUUUCAUCUUCAUUCAUACUUGUUUUUGGUUUUUUGGUUUUUGGUUCCAACUUUAAUUUGCUUUCUGCUUGGGAGUUUGUGUUGCUUCUUUUGCUUUUCUAGCUUACAUUGUACGUUUGUUUGAAAGUACUUGCACUUGUGCCUUUUCUGAUAAAUUUUAUCACAUUACAAGUUCCAAUUGAGUUGGUUGAAUUGUU